AUGUUUUCCGGUGAUAAUGAACCACGUGACAACUACGCAAGUAUUAUAUUUGAACUUCAUAUACAGAAGCCCCUAAAUUACACUGGAAAACCAUUUAUCGAUAUUUCGGAUGACGGAAACCUCAUGAGUAACGAAGAAGAAGUUCUUUUUUCAGCUGGUUCACUGUGGUCCAUCGAAGAUGUUCGACGAGUAGAACACUUGUGGUAUGUACAACUUAGGAAUUGUACUGAUCGGGAUACUGCAUUAGACGCAGUUUUGGCUCGUCUAACAAAUGGAUAUACACUUAUGUCUAUUGGUGACUUAUUACGCGAGCUAGCACAAGGUGGAGCGUUUGAUGAUCUAGCCAAAAUGUAUGAUUGUUUAGCAUGUCUGGCUAACGAUCAUGGUGAAUAUGAACAAGCCAAAGAAUAUCGUCGCAAAGCAAUGGAAUUAAUUAAUCAAUGUAUUGGAAAAGAGGAAAUGAAAUGUGAACUCAAACGUAAGUGGGAUGAUGCCAUACAGCUAUGUGCUCAAAUGGAUGACAGGCUGAAAUCGAAACGGCAGCGUACUACCAGUGGCAGUAAAGUACCUACUUGA